AUGCCUGUCAACGGAGUGGAUGCCUGCGUCGCGCUGGACCGCGCGUUACAAGAGGCCUACGCGGCGGAUGAGUCCAAAGACAGCGCGGGCACCUCUCAGGAGAUUGAGGAGUUUGAAUCCCGCCUUGCCAGUGGGCGCGCCCUCCACAGCCGGGGCAGAGGCCCCGUCGGGACCGCCUCGCUCGCCCUCGCCGGCCUGGGAAGGGGGGGAGGGGGGCGCCAUCCUCCCAAGGUACGCGGUGAGGGGUCGCCCGGGAUCACCGCGACGCGUGGAGGUAUCAGCACGACCUCCUGCUCCACCCAACGCCCUACCCUCUCGGAGACGGAGAUGCUGAAACGCGCAGAGGUCGAGCAGGACAUUCAGGACGUGUUGCUCCUUCGCAACCCCGGCUCUGCGUCGGAUAAUGACGAGUGAACGGUGGGUAUUUUCAGUUUGGGCAGUUUCUUUUAUCCUAACAGGAGGGCGGGAAAUGUCCUGGACGAAUCUAAACCCAGAUACAUUUCAGUGUGUGGAACUGGUGUCGUUCAGAUGUGUGAAAAAAAAAAGGUGGAAGAUUUCCUUGAUCUUCUUCUUCCCCAUCUAUACACAACUUUUUCUUACGCUCUUCUUUUUUUCUUUUUGUUCUUGCUCCUCCCACUAUAAAGACAAAAAGAAAUGCAUCUUGAUUAGGGGAGGAUAUUUUCGUAGGCACAGUUGAUUGUGUAUCGUUUUGUUUUUGGAAUCCUUUAUUAUUCCUUAUGUAUCUGUUGAAGCAAAAAAAAAACGAUACGGGCACAAUUCUUUUGGUUGUUUAUAUAUUUCGAUUCUCAGAUCGAAACGCUUUCU